CAUGUGGGCACCAUUAUAAAACUACUUCGACCCGAAUGGUAAGACAUCAUUCGCUUGUAGUCAUCUCACUGGACCGUAAUUCGUUUAAGCUAGCAACAUCAAACAUGAAGGCGUUCGUUGUGUUGUCUAUGGCUUUGGCCAUUGCUUGCAGUGCGGCAGUUGAUGAUUCCUCCAGGAUAGAAAAACGUGGACUCUGGGAUGAGGGAUAUGGCGGAUACAAUUCCAAUGGCUACGGAGGCCAUCAAGAAGUACAGCACCAGACCAUCACCAAGAAUGUUCAAGUUCCGUACCCAGUUAAGGUUGAGAAGGAAGUGCCAUAUGAGGUGAAGGUUCCAUACCCAGUUCAUGUUGAGAAGCAGGUGCCAUUCGUCGUGGAGAAGCAAGUGCCAUUUGUUGUGGAGAAGAACGUUCCCUACAAUGUUGAUCGCCCUGUUCCAUACCCAGUUGAGGUGAAAGUCCCGUUUAUCCAGAAGGAAUACAUCAAAGUGCCAAAACCAUACCCAGUUCAUGUUGAGAAGGAAAUUCCAGUGUACAUCCACAAGCCAGUGUAUAUCAACAAGUACGUUCCAGUGACGUUUAAAGUUACGGAAAAGAAGCAGAAGAGUGGUGGAUGGUUCUAAGUUCACAGACUCUC